AUGGCAAUCAACGGCCCUCUGAAAGCAGUACCCGGCUCGGCAGAGUACCUGGAGUCUCAGUUGAGUGGUCCAGAGCUUAGCUGCCGGCACUUUCCCAAGUACCGUGCCGAGGAGGACCACCGUUACCCGAGUCGUCUUGGCUUUUUCUCUUCCGAUCCCGAGCCCAAGAUUACCUACCUUGACACCAAGAAGCUCUGCAUUGCCUGUCUCGUAGCCGCAGUCCCAGACGGAUUCAACUACAUCCCUCCUUCAACGCCAGCAACGUCAGCGCCCCUGCCAAUCAAGACACCAGAGUUACCUUCACAGGUAUUCCAAGCUGGUCAUCAUCGUCUCAACCGAGGGUCUCAACUGGUGCCCACGCCCAGUCACCUCAUUGCCCCACCUGUGUCAAUCGACUUGGCACAGUCGCCAUGGCUUCAACAUGGUUGGAGCUGGAUGAAGAGCCAACGGAAGCCAUUUUACGUCGAUGCGUUGUACUCUUUGAAUGAUCGGCCACCUAUCGUUAGGGCAAUAGUCACGAGAGAUGCUGAAAUAGCUACCCAUUCGGGGACCCCGUACGCUGGUCAAAUCAUCACUCUCAAUUCAGCUGUUUUGCAAACAGAGUUUCAACAAUCUACCGUGACUUCGACGAUAAAACAAGUCACGGUCAAAAAGAAAGAAAGCGAAGAUGAAAAAAAGAAGAAAACCGCAACGUCGACAACCAAGGCGAAACCUCAAGACACGAAUCGCGGUCCCAAGCCCACCUCCUCAGACAUUCCACCAGUGCCAACGCCAAAGGUCGCUGCGAAGCUUCAGAAUGAUUUAGGACCUCGCUCUCCCAAUACAGUUUCGCUGAGCAAGGCAUCCAGCAAAGAAGCAACUUCAACAAGCAUCAGUUCAAAGACUGUCAGCACUACGGGCUCCAUCCAGUCGAAGCCUCGUAACGGUACGUCGGAUACAAAGCUAAAGGCAGAAACCGGCUUGAAGUCAGAGGGUUUGGUAAAGUCUGGGGCUCACAGUUCUGCUGCAUCAUCUGUCAUACCAACCGCGAAGAUCACAGAGGAGCGCCAUAUCUCCUCGUCCAUUACCAACUGGCAAGACUUGAUGGUGCCCAUGCCCCAGCCAACUCCUGGCCUGGAUACCAAAGCCGUGGCUGGAAACGUCGUCAACACCGGGGCAAGUCUCGCUGGCAAGAUAUCCCUGGGACAAGCCAAACCUCCUGGAAAGGACACGGCCAACCUUACACAGGCAGCCUCAGCAACAGAAGCCGCACGGACAACCAUCGCACAGACGCAACAGUCAACAUCUUCGUCAAGCCGACGUUAUCUUGCAAAGAACUGGAGCCGCCACGAACCUAUCCCAUUUCAAGACAACAGCCACAUACCACCUCUGAAGGCCUACAAACGUACCGCAGGAAUACAAGGGCAAGCUAGCGAAUUCCUGCCUUUAGAGAAGCUAUUGCCCAAGGGCACUGUUGUCGCAUCCGAUGAGGAUCUUUCCACGUUCCAAUUCCCAGACAAGUCCUCUGGUCCCCUGCAGAAGAUCUUGAUGUCCAUUCCUCAGACAUCACAUGCCCCCACCGGCGGCCCAUCCGUGUCACGACAAUUUAUCGACAGUCUCUUGUCAACUACAACAUCCACAGUUCAGACAAGUGCUUCCAUGGUCCAGACGAGGGGGGUUGUCGGCUUGGAUGGACGCCAGGGCCCUGGUCAAAAACUGCCAGCGGCGCAGGGAGCCAAGACAACAUCUCUCCGACAGACAGUUGGUCAAGCCAUUGGUGGUUUUACCUCCACAAAGGCAACGAUGCCCUUGCCAACCAAAGCACCGGCUCAGUCAUCUACCCCCGGAUCACAAGCAGUGCAGACAGCUGCGUCAGGUAUUUUCGCUGCUGCAAAACAGACCAUCAGCUCAAAAGAACAACCCCGGAGUGCCCCCAAAGAGAACAAAGAUAAGACCAAACAAAGAGUUCCGCCUGUCCCUGCUAAGCCAUCGCAAGUCAACGAGUCUUCAGGGGCAGUCAAGAAGAACAGUGACACCAAGUCUAAAGAGACAAAGGUGAAGACAGAACAGACCAAGACAUCCUCCACCCUCACCGCCUCUGCCAAUAAAACAUCCACGAGUUCCGAAGACACAAGCGAGUCUACCAAGGCCAAGAAGGAAACUUCUAGUGCUGAGACGAAGACGCGUGGUACGAACAAGCGGAGCGGGGGCGGGGAUGGGAAGUCUCUGGUGGGCUCUGGGCUGAAUAAGUUGAAGGACGUUGUAGCCGCAGCUGCGGAAGGCUCCGCCGGUCUCCACGAGCCCACGUCCAAGCAAGAUGGAGGCAAGAAUAACAAGACUGUAAAGAACGAUGCUAAAAAGAAGGCUACCCAUGGGGUGAAGAAAGAGGUCAAAAGCAAGGUCAAGCAAGGAAUCAAGAAAGACAGCAAGACGGCUAAGCCUCCAAAGGCAAGCGGCAACAGGUCUAUCAAGGAGUCGAAAGGAAAGAAGAAAGUCAAAAAGAGUAUGGGGUCUACGAAUUCAGAGUCUCGAAGUGUCUCCAAGAGGCAAGAGAUGAAGAGCAAGACAACAAAGACAAAGACUACCACUACUAAGGCUGGGGAGAAGACGGAGAAGAAGACCGAGGAGGAGACUGAAGAGGAUACGGAAGAUGAGACUGAAGAGGAGACCGAGGAUGAGACUGAAGAGGAGACUGAGGUUGGUGAUGAGGAUGAGAGUGAGGAUGGGAGUGGGGAAGAGACUGAGGAUAAGAGUGAGGAUGAGAGUGAGGAUGAGAGUGGGGAUGAGAGUGAAGAUAAGACUGAGAGUGAGGAGAAGUCCAGCAGUGAGUCAUCAGGCCAUAAAAGAUUGUCAGACGUUAAAAAGGGAUCAAAUGGCGACAACGAUGACGCAGAUGGCUUUAAGGAGGAUGGUGACUCUGAUUUUUCAAAUCCGAUUGCCAAGAGAAAGGAGCAAUCAGCAGAUCCCAAAGACCCUGGGGACCCAACCAAUGCCUCAAAGGGUUCUAAUGAGGAGCAAUCCUCCAAGGCCGACAAUCUGGACACCACUAAGAAGAAUGCUGUCGAUGACGACGAUGCAGCCGCCAACAAGACUUCGACUGCGGAUGGACCAUCAGAUACGCAGCUAUCUUCAAUUACCAAGGACCAAGCCGAGGAGAAUUCAAAGUUUCAAGAGUCUUCCACCGAGAACGGAUCUUGCCAUGCCAAGGAGGCUUCAUCUGAAGAAGAGGCCGCAACAUCCACCGCCAGCAAGAGCGAAGAUACAAGAUCCACCACUGUCAAAACCCAAGACAACACUGUCACGUCAACCAGUUAUGAGGCUUCCACCAAGGAGACCCUUUCUACCAGUAACGAAGUAUUGACGACCGGCGAGCCUCCGACCACGUCUCAACGAUCAGUCCCUGACAGCUCUUCUACCGUGGAUCAGAGGAUCAGUGAACCGACAAAAGCUGGCAAGUCAUCCGGUUCUGCCGUCCUAGCUGGAGCUGCGGUAACUGGUGCUGCGGUAAUAGCUGGUGCAGUCAUUUACCAUAACAUCACAAACAACAGUUCAACCACCAUAAACAUUGAUCAGUCUUCGCACAACCACCAAAUUGAAGCUGCUCAACAAGGAGAGGGAGACACUGAUAGUGAUAACAACGAUCAACACUCUGUACAAGGAGCUCAAGACAGUGAUGUUGAGCAGCAUGAUGGUGAUAAUUCGAAAGGUGAAAACGAUCAACUCAGCGGCAACGACACUGAUAGCGAUGACGGACGUGGGAAUGACACCGACAGCAAUAGCGGAGAACAUAACGCAAACGACUCAGACAACGAUGAAGAGGUUGACAAUGGGAGCCAAGCCGGCUUCGAUACCCAAAGCGUCGAUGGGUCCCAACAGGGAGAGCACGACAGCGACGACAAUGAUAACCACCACGAAAGCGACGACGGUAGCGACAAUGAGGGUGACAGCGAAGGUAAUAUCGAAUCGGGAGGAGAUGGAGAGAGUGAUAGCGAGGGAAACAUGGCAGGCGAGGAAGGAAGUUUCAAAGGUUAUGCCUCAAGUGAUGAUGGGCACCGAAAGUCGGAUGAUGAAGGUGGCUCCAACGAUGACGAUGGGGACGAAAAUGAAGACGAUUCUCAGAGGUCGAGUGUUUCUGGGGAUGAUGAUGACAACCAGAGCCACAAUGGAUGGGGAAAUCAAGAUAGCGACGAAGAGCAGAACAAUGGGAGUGAUGCGGAUGGCAAUGGUGAAGAAAACGGAUGGGGAGAUGACAUACAGAGCCAAGUCAGUGGUGAUGGUGACAAUGAUGACAGUGACACCCAGAGUGUCAGCGGGCAGAGCUCUGGAGGCGGCUCUAACCACACCGGAACGGCUAAUAGCAAGGAUGGAAAUGGGGAUGGAGAUGACGAUGAGGAUGGAUACGGGUAUCACAAUGACAGUGGAGAUGAACCCGCUGGAGAUGGUGAUGACCGAAGUCUGAACCAAGAUAGCGAUGCCUUGCAGGACGACGACAAUGAGCUGGACGACGAUAAUGAGCUGGACGACGAUAAUGAGCAGGAUGAUGAAGCGGAGGGUGAUGAAGCGGAGGAUGAUGGAGUUGAGGAUGAUGGAUUUGAGGAUGAUGGAUUUGAGGAUGAGUACGGGCAGGAUAAGGACGAUGAGCAAGACGAUGAGAAUUAUGAAUAUGGGCAGAAUGAGGAGUACGGGCAGGACUAUGACGAUGGGCAAGAUGGUGAUGGUAACGGAUAUGAAGAAGACUAUAUGUACUAG